GAACAGUGUGAAAUGAUCCCAGGUUCUAUGUCACUGCCGGUGUUAGAGAAGAAAGGGGACAUCACCUUGGGGGGGCUUUUCUCUCUGCAUGACAUGGUGAUUGAACCCAGUCUGUCCUUCACCUUGACACCACCACCCACUCAAUGCACCAGGUUUAACUUUCGAACAUUUCGCUGGAUGCAGACUAUGAUCUUUGCCAUUGAGGAGAUCAACAGAGAAGGCAAACUCCUUCCUAAUAUCACACUGGGUUAUAAGAUUUAUGAUUCAUGCAGUACGCCUCACCAGGCACUGAAGGCUGCGAUGGAGCUAAUGGGGAGUAAGGGGGAUCCAGGGACUGGAGGAGACGUGCAGGACGAGGGCAUCUGUCACGGGGCUGUACCGGUCGUGAUUGGAGAUGGAGGUUCGACUCAGUCUCUGGUAGUGGCUCGUUUCCUCGGGGUCUUCUAUGUUCCCCAGGUUAGUUAUUUUUCCAGCUGUGCGUGUCUGAGUGACAAAAAAGAGUUUCCUGGAUUCUUAAGGACUAUGCCCAGUGACUUUUUCCAGGUGGAUGCACUAGUUCAACUUGUAAAGCAUUUUGGCUGGACUUGGGUGGGUGUAAUUGCAGGAGAUGAUGCUUAUGGCCGUGGUGGUGCAAACAUUUUUGCUGAUAAAGUGAGAACGUUAGGAGCUUGUGUUGCUCUUCAUGAGAUCAUCCCUAAGAAUGGUGCACAAACAGCAAUUAAAACCAUUAUUUCCAAGAUCAGGUCAUCCAAAGCACGAGUGAUUCUGGUGUUUGCUGUGGAGCAAGAUGCAGAAACUUUAUUUGAUGGUGUACUCAGGCAUGGGCUCAUGGGGAUACAGUGGCUUGCCAGUGAAGCCUGGAGCACAGCCGCCGUCCUCUCCACCCCUAAAAAGUACCACCGCAUCCUCCAGGGUUCUAUGGGAUUCGCCAUAAGGAGAGCACACAUCCCUGGGCUGCAAAACUUCCUACUUCGCCUACACCCCAGUUACCCAGACGCUCAUAAAGACCCCUUCCUGACACCUUUCUGGGAAGAAGUGUUUCAGUGCAGUCUGGGUGUGCAGGUUGAGGGUCAGGAACAGAGAAAAGCUCCAUGUUCUGGGGAAGAGGAACUGGGAAGUGUGAAGAAUAUCUACUCAGAUGUGUCACAGCUAAGGAUUUCGUAUAAUGUGUAUAAGGCGGUGUACGCUAUUGCUCAUGCACUAAAGGCUAUGAGAAACUGUGAGAAAGGGAACGGGCCCUUUCCUCAGCAGGCAUGUCCAGAUGUAGACAGCAUACAGAAUUGGCAGCUGCUUCAUUACAUAAAACAGGUGGACUACUUAAACUCAUUUGGUGAUGAAAUCAAGUUUGAUGAGAAUGGGGACCCAGCAGCCAUGUACGACCUGGUUAACUGGCAGCUCAACUCAAAUGAGGAAGUGGAGUUUGUCACAAUUGGCAAGUUUGAUGAAAUAACAACAGCUGGGAAGCAAAAACUCCAGAUUCAGGCCAGAAAUAUUGUUUGGAACGGAAACCUGACCGAGGUCCCCUUGUCGGUUUGCAGCAGCAUUUGUCCACCAGGCACCCGGAAAGCAAUCAGACUUAACUUCCCUAUCUGCUGCCAUGAUUGUGUGGUCUGUACAGCUGGGGAGAUUAGCAAUCAGACUGAUGCCAUAGAAUGUGUGCGUUGCCUGCCAGAGUUCUGGUCCAGUGCUGACAGAACAGUGUGUAUCCCCAAAAAAGUGGAGUUCCUGUCCUUUAGUGACACCAUGGGCAUCACCCUCAUGGCUAUUUCCCUCUUUGGUUCCUUCUGUACCUGUGUGGUGGUCUUCAUAUUUACUUGGCACAGGAACACCCCCGUUGUUAGAGCGAAUAAUUCUGAUCUGAGUUUCCUGCUGCUCUUCUCUUUGACCCUGUGUUUCCUGUGUUCUCUGACCUUCAUCGGUCGGCCCUCUGAGUGGUCCUGCAUGCUGCGUCACACUGCAUUCGGCAUCACCUUCGUCCUCUGCAUUUCUUGUAUUCUGGGCAAGACCAUAGUGGUGUUAAUGGCUUUCAGAGCUACACUUCCAGGCAGUACAGUAAUGAAAUGGUUUGGGCCUGCACAGCAAAAAGCAAUCAUCGCCUCCUGUACACUAAUUCAGGUGAUUAUCUGCACAGUGUGGUUAGUUGUUGCUCCUCCCACACCCCGACAGCUGAUGCCACGUGAGAGCGCCAUCGUCAUCCUCCUAUGUGAGGAAGGUUCAGCCGUUGCAUUCGCUCUGGUCCUGGGCUACAUUGGUCUGCUGGCCUGCAUCUGCCUCCUCUUGGCCUUCCUGGCGAGAAAACUCCCUGACAACUUCAAUGAGGCCAGGCUCAUCACCUUCAGUAUGCUCAUUUUUUGUGCUGUGUGGGUGGCCUUUGUACCCGCCUACAUCAGCUCUCCUGGGAAAUACUCCACAGUUACAGAGGUGUUUGCCAUCCUGGCCUCCAGUUAUGGAUUACUGGGAUGCAUCUUUGCUCCAAAGUGCUACAUCAUUUUACUCAGACCAGAAAAGAACACAAGGAAACAUUUGAUGUCCAAACCCACUGAUAAAUUCUAA